UUUUCGUAAAUUUGACUCAGAUUCGAAUUCUCCGCUCUAUUUGACGCUCCCUCUCGCCACUGCUGCUGGACGGCUGCGAGAGGCCCCUGCCUCCUCUUCAACGUCCGCAAAGAAGAGAGUUCCGUCGCCGGUGCUCUCGUCUACGGAGAAUGUAUGGAACGACCGAAAGGCAAAAAGGAAAAAGGACUAUCCGUUGACUCGCUCUAUAUAUACUGCAAGUAUCCGAGGGUAUGCCCAGUGCACGAUACGCGUCUCAUCCGUCAGCUUCAAGGUCCUUCGUCUUCGAGGAUAUCGUCGUGUUACUGGCGAUUCGUAGACCUGGGGUGAAAAAAAUAACCGUACAAAUUUGUUCAUCAGCCAGACUUCAGGCAACAUUCAAAAAUUUACGAUGAAAGGAAUUACGCACGUCGUCCAAUUGUCACGUUGCCAUCUCCUUCUGGUACUUUUUCUUUCGGGAUGCGUCAAUGCGGAGAUUGAGAGACGUACUACAAGGCAAAUGGUGGAAGAUGCGCCGGAAAAUCUGGCACCUAAUUUAAACAAAGAUUGUGGGAAGUCGUACAGUGCCACGUGCCUUAAAUUGGAUAUGGUAUCCUUCCUGGAUAAAUUAUCGGAACAGGAGAACAUCGGCAUCCUGCCGGGUGUAUCUGUGAUCAAAGAGAACAGUUCUACCAACGUCCCGGCAUCGGAAGUAGUUGCCAAUUUGGCGAGGGAUUUCCCAAACGAUGUUGAGAAAAGACUGGAUGCCUAUCUGAUUCAUAAGGUCGGCAGUUACCUUAAUAGCCAUUCUAUCUCCAUCAAACUUUUUGAUCCGAAGACUUUUGAAGCUACUAGGAGCUUCAAUGAAGAGACACUUGCGCAACUUGGUUUGGGAGGAAAUCAAAAUGUUGAAACAGGACGUAAAAAGGACAAGGGCGGGCAUGGCGGAUUGAUGGCUGGUCUGCUGAUGAUGAAAGGAACCCUUGGCGCGGUUGGAUUCGGUGCACUUGCACUUCUCGCUGGUAAAGCUCUGAUGACCGGUCUCAUGGCGCUGAUGUUAUCAGCUAUCAUCGGGUUGAAAUCCUUAACGCACGGCGGUGACAAGAAGACUACGUAUGAAAUUGUUAGCAAACCGGUGUAUUCCAGUUCGCAUACGCAUAGCUCCGAGGAGCAUCACGGACAUGGAUAUGGACACUCUGGAUACGGAAGGUCUCUCGAUACCGUCCACGACUCUCUCCAGCAGGCCGUAUUGAAAUACGGCAACGCGCAUGAUCGUAGAUCGCUUUUGCAGAAUUAAAAUCAUCUAAUCAACAAGGUGUUUACACACCUUCCGGUUCAUGAUAAAACCUUUAGCACAUCUCUACCUCACCGACUUUCCUUGCUCUCUCUUUUCUUUCAUUCUUAGCACUAUCAACUUUUUUCCCUGUCUGUCUACGUCUUCUCUUUAUCUCGUUCUGUUACUUCGUCUCUUGUCUUUUCGUUUCAUCUUCAUGACACUUCUUGCCUUCUAAGAUCUCAUUCAACCUCAUUUCAUCAAUUCACGAAUUAUCACCCUUAUUAUUAUAGUCAUAUAGGUAUUUAUUGCGGCCACCGUUGCAUUUUCGACUGAUACCUGUCGAGAAAGCAUAUCAUUGCCGAGCACGCAGAGUUGCCCAAGAUCAUGUACAUGAUUUUUGGAUAUUUAUUUCAUUAUUGUAAAGUUUUAAUAAUAAAGAACAUUUGUAAAAACAUAUGGUUUUGUCAUUAUUUUAAUAACUGAGGCAAUUAAUAAAUCAUACACUAAAUCGCAGAUUACGCGUGAUACAGUUUAUCUGCAACAGUAUAAACAUUUGUCUUAUGUUUAAUGAUAGUCAGAGAAUUGUUAGCUUAAAUGACGUUAAACUUUUUUAAUUACUUGACGUAAGUCCAUUUAUACAGGUACAUCACGCGCUAAAAAGUGCACGUACUUUCUGUUACGGUAAUUACAUUUGCGUUACUGCUAAACAUAGAUCUAUCUG